AUGAAAACAGAGAAAAUUACAAUAGUUGGCCACAGAGGUUGCGGUUCAAGUGAAGCAGGAGGAACUUCAGUUUAUCCUGAAAAUUCCCUUUUUUCUUUUAAAAAAGCAGUUGAUUUAAAAAUUGAUGGGAUUGAGUUAGACGUAUGGCUAACUAAAGACAAUGAAGUUGUAGUUAUACAUGGUGCAUAUGAUGGAUUAAUUGGUUAUACGUUAUUAUAUGAUGAAAAAAUGAAAGGUAAAUAUAUUGAAGAAUUAACAAGAAAAGAAAUUCAAAGUCAUCAUUUUAAAGAACCUUGGAUAUUAAACAAAGGAAAAAAUUAUUAUAAUGAUAAUUGUAAUGAAUCAGCAAAUUUUUCUAUUUUAAAUAAAAAUGAGAAAUUAGAAAAAAUGAGAGGUUAUAAUGAAUUUAGUAGUGCUUACCUCAACAUAGAAGAAAAUGAUGAAAUAGAAAAAAUAAUUAAUGAAAAUUUUUUCAGCAAUUAUUUAAUGGAUAAAGACAGUAAAGUAGAAAGUGAUGAAGAGAAGAAAGAAAAGGAAAAGAAAUUAUAUGAGGAGUUAGAAAUAGAUGAAAAUAUUGGAGAAGAAGAAUUUAUGAAAAAUAUUGAAUGCUCAUAUUGUAAAUUUAUUUAUACAAAUUAUCUGAGCAAAAGAACCUUUGAGUUUAAAAGAAAACAAGUAAUAUUUAAAUUCAUUUCUAUGUUUUACCAUGUACCACUAUUAAAGGAUAUAUUAAACAUAUUUAAAAAUAAAUUAAGUUAUGAUAUUGAAUUAAAAGGAACAAAGGAAAAUUUAGGCUUAUAUAUAUUAGAUAUUUUAGAUAAUUAUAAAGGUUUAAAGUUUAAGUUCAGUUCAUUUCAUUGGAUAUUGCAAGAUAAUCAUAUAAGAAAAAAGUUAUCUAAAAAUAAAAACAUGCAGAAAAUUGACUAUUCUUCAUAUCCUUAUCAUAACACUAACAAAAUUGAUCUAUUAAAAGUACUAAGAAAUAAUAAAUUGAAUAUACCAGUAGCUUUAUUAUUUUCAUAUAAUGAAGUGAUGCCAAAUAUAAAUUCUAUUUUAUGCUCUAUGAAAUAUUAUAAUGCUGAAUGGGCUCAUUUCCCCUAUAACUUAAAUAAAAAAUCAAUUAUAUUAAAUUGUAAUAGAAAAAAUAAAAUUAUCUCAGUAGAUUAUCUUGUAAAAAUUUUACAUAAAAAUAAUAAAAAAAUCAUGAUUUAUUGGGGGACGGAGGAUAAGGAUCAAGAAGAUGAUUUACUUUGUUAUAUAAAAUUAAAUGUUGAUUCCAUUUGUCCUAAUGAUAUUACCCUAGCCAAAAGAGUUAUGCAAAAGGAAGAAAACCUACAUUCAAAAAUAAAUGAAAUAUCAAAUAAAAAUAUUGUAAAUGAAAGAGAUAUGAAUUCUUUUUUAGAGAAAAAAGAAAAAACUCCAUUAUAUAUAUAUUAA